CCUCCCCGCCGGCCUGGCGGCCUCUUGGCUUCAUUUCUCUCCGCCUCCCUCCGCGGCUGCGGCUCCUUCGGAGGCUCCGGGGCGUGAAGGGACCCACGGAUGGCAGGAGGUAGCUAGUGCGGAUCAGAAAGUCACCGGGCCUGGGGUUACCCCCACCCUGCACCCCUGAAGGCAGAGACAUCAUGGCGGCUCCAGGUUACCACGCUCCACAGCCAGGCUAUCCUGUUUCUCCCCCGUACCCGGUGUCCCAACCCCACCCGGUCCCCUCUGCUCCCAGCCCAGGUUUCAGUGUCUACCCACCCACCAGCCCUGGGGCAGGGCAAAUCAUUCCCCCCCAGCCUCCACCCCGUGGCUAUCGAGAGCACGCAGCGACCCCUCACCACCACCAAGCUCCGGACCCCCAUGCUGCCGUCACCCCCUACAUACCCGUGGCCACCAACAUCCCUCCUGGCUUGGAGUACCUUGCACAGAUCGACCAAAUUUUGAUACACCAGAAAGUGGAGCUGGUAGAAGCUUUCAUCGGCUUCGAGGGCAACAACCACUAUGAAGUGCGCAACACCCUCGGCCAGCCCGUCUUCCACGCGGAGGAGCGGAACGACUGCUGCACGCGCAACUGCUGCGGCUCCUUGCGCCGCUUCUCCAUGCGGCUGGAGGACCCCACGGGGCGCGAAGUCCUGCGCAUGGUCCGCCCCCUGAAGUGCGUCAGUUGCUGGUUCCCUUGCUGUCUGCAGGAGCUAGAGGUCCAGUGCCCCCCUGGCACCACCAUCGGCUACGUGCAGCAGACCUGGCACCCCUUCACGCCCAGAUUCUCCAUCCAGAAUGUCGAGAGGGAGACGGUGCUGCGCGUUUUGGGGCCCUGCUUUGCCUGCAGCUGCGGCGGGGACGUCAACUUUGAGGUGAAGACGCGCGACGAGUCCCGGGGCGUUGGGCGGAUCAGUAAGCAGUGGAGCGGACUUCUCAGGGAAGUCUUCACCGACACAGACAACUUUGGGAUCCAGUUCCCCAUGGACCUUGACGUGAAGAUCAAGGCGGUGCUGCUGGGGGCAUGUUUCCUCAUUGAUUUCAUGUUUUUCGAAAAGACGGGAGAAGUUGGACAGAGGAGUUCGGUCAUCACGAGCUAGAAGAAACUCAGGUCAAGGUUCCUCCCCCCCACCCCCCGACGGACCCUUCCCCAGUUCUGACGAGAAGGGCUGUGAGCGUAAGCAAAGAAGUGACUCACGACGGUGUCUUUGCGUGUGUGUGCGCGUGCACACGGGUGUCCCCUUUUUGUCUGUCCUGCAUGUGGAUUCAAAGGAGGAUUUGCAGUGCGAUGGCUGGCUUAAAAACAUACCAGGUGCUGGUUCUGUAGCUACUUAUCUGUGGACCCUGGCCAAGGGGGCCAGGACCACAACUGCUUGAGAAAGUGAGGGAAAGGUUUCGGGGGUCCAAGAUGUUUUAUUUUUCCUGCCUCGAGCUUUAUACGACAGCCCGCGCUCAUGCGACUUACCCGGGAGGACGGGCUCCUGCACAGGCCUCGUGCACCAGAUUUGCUUGUCUCCUAUUACACGUUGCGUUUAGCGUUCCCUCGCCUCCCCACCCCACGAUUGCUAUAUCAGCACCUCCUUGGCGGGCUCCGGGCUGCCGACAGUCUGCUCUUUGUGUCGUUAGAGCUGCCCCAUGGCGAGUCGGAAGGAGCCGCUGCGCUGAAACGUUUGCGCAAGUCCUAUGGAGCUUGGUUGGUCCCAUGUCAGUGGGGCGU